AUGCGCUUCGCACCCAUCGUCCUCGCCACCAUGGUCGGUGUCGCCUGCGCCGGUAGAAACGCCGUUGUCCGUCCGGUCGAAGCUGAUGCAAAAGCCGUGGAAUCAUCCAAACUCUCAGAUCUCGAUGUUCCAGAACUGAUAAUCGAGAAAUUGGAGGAGAUACCUGCGUCGGAAUGUACAUACAGGUCCGGACCGGGAUCCGUUGUUGUCACACUUUAUAACGGAGAGCUUUUGAAUGGAAAGAUUAUUGAUAGGAGUUGGGAUAAUAAUGAUCCACAUCAGUUCCAGUUGGGUACACCUCUGGUCAUUGAGGGUCUCCAGAAGGCCGUCGAGGAUAUGUGUGUGAAUGAGGUUCGAAAGGUCACAGUUCCUUCCAGACUCGCUCACGGUAAUAAGAUCAGCGGUGGUGGUCUCAUCCCAGCAGGGGCAGCCAUUAUCUACAAGAUCAAACUCAUCGGCCUGAAGCCUCCAAUGUACGUCAACCCGGACUGGAAGGAGGGCGCAUCAUCGGUGGUGGCUGAAAAGUCCGCUGCCCCGGUUGCAUCUGAUGCUCCCAAGGAUGAGCUGUAA